GUGAUUUUUAUUUGUUUAUCUUCUCUCAGUUAAAUCCAGACCUGAUGAAGAAUUCAAACUUCUGGUUAAAUGGUUAGGAUUGACAGUCUUUGACACACAAGCCUAUAUUCUUGUUUAGUUGCAACUAGAUUCAUCUAGAUUGUAGAUCUAAUGCUAAAAGAAAGAUGAAAGGAAUGAAUUAUUCAAUACUACUUACAUUCUGUUUUUUGUUCUAUUUUAGAAGAACAAUCGGUGGAUCAUUAAAAAAUGGAAGUGUCUACUGUAAAGAAAGAUCAAUGUGUUACUUUAUGCCUGAUGUCCUGGACAUUGAAAAAGCCACUUCAUUUGGAACAUUUGAUGAUUCUCUUCUCACAACUGGAUGGAGCAUAUUGGAUAUCAGUGCCGGUAAUGCACCUUCAGAAGAACACUCCAAUGAUGACAUCAUGUAUGCUGCAGGGUUUUUGGAAGGUGCUUUAACAGCUAGACAGAUGGAGAACCAUUUUGCAAACACAUUUGAAGUGUUUUUCCCAAAUCCUGUGGAUGAGAAGUUAAAAGAAAAACUGAAUCAGUGGUUCCUCAAGCAGAGAGAAUGGGCAGAUUAUAUGAUAAAAACGAAUAGCAAUGAUCCUCUAUGGCGUCAUGCUGGAUACAUCUUUUCACAACUAGAUGGUCUUUAUGAUGGCUAUAAGGCUGUGAGUGGAAAAAAUCCUCCCCUGGACAAGUUUGCAUUAAACUUCUUAAAUGCAAAUGGCGACUUUUUUGAUCUAAGGAAUGUCUUGAAUCCCAGCUCAAUCCCUAACUGGCGACAGUUUUCUCCAGAAGAAGCAAGUGACUAUUUCUACAACUCUGGUCAUUGUUCAGUACUUAUUAAGAUUCUCCCAGGAAUAGAGAAUAUUUUCAUGUCCCACUCCAGCUGGUUUGUGUAUGCUGCAACGAACAGAAUUUAUAAACACUACAACUUUAAUGUCUCAGAUUCCUAUACUGCUUCAAAGAGAGUUUCAUUUUCUAGUUACCCAGGAUAUUUGGAAUCUCUUGAUGAUUUUUAUCACCUUGGAAGUGGCAUGGUAAUGCUCCAGACAACCAUCAACGUCUUUAACUCCUCCCUGUAUCAGUAUGUUUCUCCCCAGUCUCUUUUAGCUUGGCAACGUGUGCGCAUAGCCAACAUGAUGGCUAAAAGUGGCAAGCAGUGGGGUGACAUUUUUGCUAAAUACAAUUCAGGCACUUACAAUAAUCAGUAUAUGGUAAUUGACUUGAAGCUCUUUACACCUAAGAAACCAAUACUAGACAACACCUUGUGGGUAGUUGAACAAAUUCCUGGUCUGGUUGUUGCAGAAGAUGCCACACCCAUACUCAGAGCAGGAUACUUCCCUUCCUAUAAUAUACCAUUCUUUGAAGAGAUUUAUGACACAAGUGGUUAUCCAGAUUAUGUUGAUAAACAUGGUUUAGACUACAGCUAUGACCUGGCACCUAGGGCAAAGAUUUUCCGCAGAGACCAAGGCAAAGUGAAUGACUUGAACUCAAUGAAAGACAUAAUGCGAGAAAAUGAUUAUAAAAAUGAUCCAUAUAGUGGAGGUUUACCUACAGGGGCUAUUUGUGCAAGAGGAGAUUUAGACAAAAAAAAUCCUAGAGCAUCAGGUUGUUAUGACACAAAAGUGUCUGAUUACAGCAUGGCAAUGAGACUUCAAGCAGAUAUUAUAAAUGGACCAACAUUAGGCAAUGAUCUACCAGCUUUCUCAUGGUCGGGUAUCUUUGCUAAUCAAUCUCAUAUUGGGCUACCUGAUAUUUACAACUUCAGUUUUGUCAGAACAAAACCAAGGUUCUAAUCAGUAACUUGGUUGCUUUACUUUAUAUUCAAGCAGGAAAUUGUAAUACCGGUAUGAUAUAAUGUUUAAUAUACAUUUGUUGAUUGGAACAGGAUUCUCUGUUUAAAAUUAUAUUGUCAGCAUAACUGAAAUUUAAAUGUAUCUGCUACAUAAUUUUUCACGUUUUUAAUUACAUUGUGUUUUAUACUUUUAAAAAAAAAAAUUUAAAAUGUAAUAAAUAGCUCAAAAUAUAAUUUUUUUUAGAAAAUUGUAUUUGUAAAUUUUUUUAUAAGCCUUUAAAAUAAUUUAACAGUAGUAAAAAUUUUAACAGAGUAAUUAAAUUCAAAUAAUUAUUUUAAUAUUAAAAGAGCAAGAGCUACCUAUAUAUGAAGCCUCCACAGUGUACUUUUAGUAAAACUUUAUUUUGAGUAAUUCUGUUUUGAAAACAAAAUUUUUAAAAUAUUGAGAAAGAACUCAGUGUAUAUAGUCUAGUAAAAUAUAUUUGUUGUAUAAAUUAUUUAGCUUUAUUUCAAGCUACAUCUAUGUAGUUGGUGUAUUUUACUCAAGAUGCUUACAACUACCUUGUGUUCUGUAUUACACUAAUUGUAAACCACACUUUAUAAAGUGUUCAUUUUUUAAAAAUAUGUCAAGAAUAUUUAUUUUUAAGUAUUUUACAUUUUAUCCAAAAACUACUUAAUAAAAUGUUUUAAGAUGCC